AAACUGCAAGCAAGUUCGAAGGGAAGCUGUCUGCGCGCUCUGUUCAAUUCAAUGGCGGCGGCGCCAUUUUCUUCGUCUGCUCCUUCUCCUACUUCUUCUUCAAGACUUCCCAAUGUUUCGUCUUCAUCUUCACCCUCCCUACUCUCACUUUCGAGAGAUUUCCACAAAACUCGGCUGCAGGCCCAAUUUAAAUCGUCCCCGAGAAGAAAUUUCUGUGUCAGCGCAUCCUCCCUCCCUUCCAGCGAUUCUGUCGUCACUCUGCUCGAUUACGGAGCUGGCAAUGUCCGUAGUGUCAGAAACGCCAUUCGCCAUCUCGGUUUUCAGAUUAAAGAUGUGCAAACUCCAGCCGACAUUCUGAAUGCAGGCCGGCUCAUCUUCCCCGGUGUGGGGGCAUUUGCACCAGCCAUGGAUGUGCUUAAUAAGACUGGAAUGGCUGAAGCUCUAUGUGCGUACAUUGAGAAGGACCGCCCAUUUCUAGGAAUCUGCCUUGGCCUUCAGUUACUCUUCGAGUCCAGCACUGAGAAUGGUCCAGUGACUGGUCUCGGGUUAAUCCCUGGUGUGGUUGGGAAGUUUGAUGCCUCAAAUGGGUUCAGAGUGCCCCACAUUGGUUGGGAUGCUUUGCAAAUUGCUGAAGACUCCGAGAUUCUGGAUGAAGUUGGCAACCGCCAUGUGUAUUUUGUUCACUCUUACCGGGCCAUGCCAUCGGAGGAGAAUAAAGAAUGGAUUUCCUCAACUUGUGAUUAUGGUGAUACGUUUAUUGCAUCCGUCAGAAAGGGAAAUGUGCACGCGGUUCAGUUCCAUCCAGAGAAGAGCGGAGAUGUUGGUCUUUCAGUAUUGAGAAGGUUCUUACUUCCGAAAUCAAUUCCGGCAAAGACAGAAUCCAACUGAAGGGAGGGCAUCAAAACUUGCAAAAAGGGUAAUUGCUUGUCUUGACGUGAGGGCAAAUGACAAUGGAGACCUGGUUGUGACCAAAGGAGACCAGUAUGAUGUUCGAGAGAAUACAGAAGAGAAUGAGGUGAGAAACCUGGGCAAGCCAGUAGACCUUGCUGGACAGUACUACCUAGAUGGGGCCGAUGAGGUUAGUUUUUUGAACAUCACUGGCUUCCGUGACUUCCCUUUAGGCGAUUUGCCGAUGCUUCAGGUCUUGAGGUACACUUCCGAAAAUGUUUUUGUACCAUUGACUGUUGGAGGUGGUAUUAGAGAUUUUACAGAUUCAAAUGGCAGGUACUACUCUAGCUUGGAAGUUGCUUCAGAAUAUUUCAGGUCUGGAGCUGAUAAGAUUUCCAUUGGAAGUGAUGCUGUUUAUGCUGCUGAGGAAUAUUUGAGAACUAAAGUAAAGACUGGAAAGAGCAGCAUUGAACAGAUAUCGAGAGUUUAUGGAAAUCAGGCUGUGGUUGUUAGCAUUGAUCCUCGAAGAGUGUACCUUAGUAGUCCUAACGAUUUGGAGUUCAAGGCAAUAAAGUUAUCAAACCCAGGUCCAAAUGGAGAGGAAUAUGCCUGGUAUCAGUGCACGGUUAGUGGUGGUCGAGAAGGCCGGCCAAUUGGAGCUAAUGAACUUGCCAAAGCAGUUGAAGAGCUGGGCGCAGGGGAAAUACUUCUGAAUUGCAUCGAUUGCGAUGGUCAAGGAAAAGGCUUCGACAUAGAUCUGAUAAAGUUGAUAUCUGAUGCGGUUAGUAUUCCUGUGAUCGCCAGUAGUGGUGCAGGUGCUGCUGAACACUUCUCAGAGGUAUUCAAGAAAACCAGUGCAUCUGCUGCACUGGCUGCUGGUAUCUUCCACAGGAAAGAGGUGCCCAUAGGGUCUGUGAAAGAACACUUGUGGAAAGAUGGCAUUGAGGUCAGGAUCUGAUGUUCGAGGACUGCUUUCGCCGUUGGAGAUUUUUCAAUGCUCUCCAUACCAGUUCGCAGGCUGCUGGAGGCAGUUGCUUCUGUGGCAAGCAUUGUUUCUGAACUUUUAGCAUAACUUCGGAAAAAGACUAUCACUCCGAGAUGGGUAUAGCUAUUGGACAUGACUGCAGAGUAGUUUGCCAUCGUGUUUAAGGAAUGACAUAGUUUCGUUUUCGCAAAGUAAAAUGGAUCAAGGGAACUGUUUGCUGCGUAAUGCCACUUGAUACUUGAAUGAUGAUUAGUUGAAUUAAAAGGAGUUGCUCAUAGUAUAAAGUUAUUAAGAGAAUUGAGAGGAAGAGUAAUUGUAAUCGCUCAACGGGUUUAGUUGUUUUAAAUCGCAUUUGCGUGGAGGAAGGUCCGGACAAGUCCAUUCCAACUAUGCAAUGAACGUGCU